CCCCGCGCGGGGCCCGAGCGCCGCUAGCAGCAUGUCUCGGCGCAAGCAGGCCAAGCCCCAGCACCUCAAGUCGGACGAGGAGCUGCCGCCGCCGGACGGGGCUCCCGAGCACGCCGCCCCGGGGGAAGGCGCGGACGACGCCGACAGCGGGCCCGAGAGCCGCAGCGGGGGCGAGGAGACCAGCGUGUGCGAGAAAUGCUGCGCCGAGUUCUUCAAGUGGGCAGACUUCUUGGAGCACCAGCGGAGCUGCACCAAGCUCCCUCCCGUGCUGAUCGUGCACGAGGACGCGCCCGCGCCGCCCCCCGAGGACUUCCCCGAGCCUUCGCCCACCAGCUCCCCCAGCGAGCGCGCCGAAAGCGAGGCAGCGGAGGAGGCGGGCGCCGAGGGCGCGGAGGGCGAGGCCAGGCCUGCGGAGAAGGAGGCCGAGCCCAUGGACGCGGAACCCGCGGGGGACACUCGCGUGCCCCGGCCCCCGCCCGCGGCCCCUGCACCCCCCACGCCCGCCUACGGCGCGCCCAGCACCAACGUGACCCUGGAGGCGCUGCUGAGUACCAAGGUGGCCGUGGCGCAGUUCUCGCAGGGCGCGCGCGCAGCGGGCGGCUCGGGCACAGGUGGCGGCGUGGCGGCUGCCGCCGUGCCUCUGAUCCUGGAGCAGCUCAUGGCCCUGCAGCAGCAGCAGAUCCACCAGCUACAGCUCAUCGAGCAGAUCCGCAGCCAGGUGGCCCUCAUGCAGCGCCCGCCUCCGCGGCCCUCACUCAGUCCUGCGGCCGCCCCGAGCGCACCGGGCCCGGCCCCCAGCCAGCUGCCCGGGCUGGCGGCACUCCCUCUGUCUGCAGGGGCCCCCGCCGCCGCCCCCGCGGGCUCGGGCCCCGCCGCCCCGGCUGCCUUCGAGGGCUCGCAGCCCCUGUCCCGGCCCGAGUCUGGCGCCAGCACCCCCGGCGGCACUGCGGAGCCCAGCGCGCCCGCCGCCCCCAGCGCCGCCCCGGCCCCUGCCGCCCCCGCCCCGGCCCCAGCGCCGCAGAGUGCGGCCUCAUCGCAGCCACAGAGCGCGUCCACGCCGCCUGCCCUGGGCCCGGGGUCCCUGCUGGGCGCGGCGCCCGGCCUGCCAAGCCCGCUUCUACCUCAGACCUCUGCCAGCGGCGUCAUCUUCCCCAACCCGCUGGUCAGCAUCGCGGCCACGGCCAACGCCCUGGACCCGCUGUCCGCGCUCAUGAAGCACCGCAAGGGUAAGCCGCCCAAUGUGUCAGUGUUCGAGCCCAAGGCCAGUGCCGAGGACCCGUUUUUCAAGCACAAAUGCCGCUUCUGCGCCAAGGUCUUCGGCAGUGACAGCGCGCUCCAGAUCCACCUGCGCUCGCACACAGGCGAGCGGCCCUUCAAGUGCAACAUCUGCGGGAACCGCUUCUCCACCAAAGGCAACCUGAAGGUGCACUUCCAGAGGCACAAGGAGAAGUACCCCCACAUCCAGAUGAACCCCUACCCGGUCCCCGAGUACCUGGACAAUGUGCCCACUUGCUCGGGCAUUCCCUACGGCAUGUCGUUGCCCCCAGAGAAGCCCGUGACCACCUGGCUGGACAGCAAGCCCGUGCUGCCCACCGUGCCCACGUCCGUGGGGCUGCAACUGCCGCCCACUGUCCCUGGCGCGCACGGCUACACGGACUCCCCCACCGCCACCCCCGCCAGCCGCUCCCCGCAGAGGCCCUCGCCCGCCUCCAGCGAGUGCGCCUCCUUGUCCCCAGGCCUGAACCACCCCGAGUCCGGCGUGUCAGCCACCGCUGAGUCCCCACAGCCACUCCUCGGCGGGCCGCCCCUGACUAAAGCCGAGCCCGUCAGCUUGCCUUGCACCAAUGUCAGGGCCGGGGACACUCCCGUGGGCGCGCAGGCCAGCGCCGCGCCAACAUCGGUGGAUGGCGCUCCCACGAGCCUCGGCAGCCCCGGGCUGCCCGCCGUCUCCGAGCAGUUCAAGGCCCAGUUUCCGUUCGGCGGGCUGCUGGACUCGAUGCAAACGUCGGAAACCUCGAAGCUGCAGCAGCUGGUGGAGAACAUCGACAAGAAGAUGACGGACCCGAACCAGUGCGUCAUCUGCCACCGGGUGCUGAGCUGCCAGAGCGCGCUGAAGAUGCACUACCGGACGCACACGGGGGAGCGGCCGUUCAAGUGCAAGAUCUGCGGCCGCGCCUUCACGACCAAGGGCAACCUCAAGACGCACUUCGGCGUGCACCGCGCCAAGCCGCCCCUGCGCGUUCAGCACUCCUGCCCCAUCUGCCAGAAGAAGUUCACCAACGCCGUGGUCCUGCAGCAGCACAUUCGCAUGCACAUGGGCGGCCAGAUCCCCAACACGCCGCUGCCCGAGGGCUUCCAGGAUGCCAUGGACUCCGAGCUGGCCUACGACGACAAGAACGCGGAGAUUCUGAGCAGCUACGACGACGACAUGGACGAGAACUCCAUGGAAGACGACGCCGAGCUGAAGGACGCGGCCAGCGACCCGGCCAAGCCGCUCCUAUCCUACGCGGGGUCCUGCCCGCCCUCCCCGCCCUCGGUCAUCUCCAGCAUCGCCGCCCUGGAGAACCAGAUGAAGAUGAUCGACUCGGUCAUGAGCUGCCAGCAGCUGACCAGCCUCAAGUCCGUGGAUAACGGGUCCGGAGAGAGUGACCGCCUGAGCAACGACUCCUCGUCGGCCGUGGGCGACCUGGAGAGCCACAGCGCGGGUAGCCCCGCCCUGUCCGAGUCCUCGUCCUCGCAGGCCCUGUCGCCGGCCCCCAGCAACGGCGAGAGCUUCCGCUCCAAGUCCCCGGGCCUGGGCGCCCCGGAGGAGCCCCAGGAGAUCCCGCUCAAGACCGAGAGGCCCGACAGCCCGGCCCCCGCCCCAGGCAGUGGAGGCGCCCCCGGCCGCGCGGGCAUCAAGGAGGAGGCGCCCUUCAGCCUGCUGUUCCUGAACAGGGAGCGGGGUAAGUGUCCCAGCACUGUGUGUGGUGUCUGUGGCAAGCCUUUUGCUUGCAAGAGCGCGUUGGAAAUCCACUACCGCAGCCAUACUAAGGAGCGGCCGUUCGUCUGCGCGCUCUGCAGGCGAGGGUGCUCCACUAUGGGUAAUUUAAAACAGCACUUACUGACGCACAGAUUGAAAGAGCUGCCUUCUCAGUUAUUUGACCCCAACUUUGCUCUAGGUCCCAGCCAAAGCACUCCUAGCCUGAUCUCCAGCGCCGCACCCACCAUGAUCAAAGUGGAAGUGAACGGUCACGGCAAGGCCAUGGCGCUGGGCGAGGGUCCCCCGCUGCCCGCGGGCGUCCAGGUCCCCGCCGGGCCUCAGACAGUGAUGGGCCCGGGCCUGACGCCCAUGCUGGCCCCCCCGCCGCGCCGGACGCCCAAGCAGCACAACUGCCAGUCGUGCGGGAAGACCUUCUCCUCGGCCAGUGCCCUGCAGAUCCAUGAGCGCACGCACACCGGCGAGAAGCCGUUCGGUUGCACCAUCUGCGGCCGGGCCUUCACCACCAAGGGCAACCUCAAGGUGCACAUGGGGACACACAUGUGGAAUAACGCCCCCGCGAGACGCGGCCGCCGCCUGUCUGUGGAGAACCCCAUGGCUCUCCUAGGGGGCGAUGCCCUGAAGUUCUCUGAAAUGUUCCAGAAGGACCUGGCGGCUCGGGCAAUGAACGUCGACCCCAGUUUUUGGAACCAGUAUGCUGCAGCCAUCACGAACGGGCUCGCCAUGAAGAACAACGAGAUCUCCGUCAUCCAGAACGGAGGCAUCCCCCAGCUCCCCGUGAGUCUCGGGGGCAGCGCCCUACCCCCUCUGGGCACCAUGGCCAGUGGGAUGGACAAAGCGCGUACCGGCAGUAGCCCACCCAUCGUCAGCUUGGACAAAGCAAGCUCAGAAACAGCAGCCAGCCGCCCAUUCACACGGUUUAUCGAGGACAACAAGGAGAUUGGUAUCAACUAGCCAGUGACUCGCUCAUCUGCCCUGCCCAGGCCCACGUUUUGAAGUUGGAGCGCCAGGCCUCUGACCUUCCUUGCCUCGGUUCUCAUUACACUUUCACCCAUAGCAGAAAACACUUUGUGCGACUGCUGAGAGGUGGUCUUGUAAGUGCUGCAUGGCGCCCCCUUCAACAGCAAGUCUGACUGUUCUUGAGAACUCUGCAACCUUUUACAUAAGUUUCUGUCAAAAAAAAGUGCUUGGAAAACCGCCUUAGGAACAGAAAGAGCUCAGACCAUGUCCACUUCCUUUCUCCUGAAACCCAAUAAUCUCUACGAGGGAGAAAGGGGUCCCCCGCGGUAUUCCAGUGAAACUCAUUUGAUGGUUUCGUUUGAAUUAGUUAAGACACUUGAACGAUGUUUUUUAGAACUCUUCAUGUUAAAGACGUGGUUUAGUACUCCCAAUGCUGUGUAUCAUGACACUAUCUUCGUCUGUAGUAUUUAUAAUGUUAAGAUUAUGCGGGUAACAGACAAUAUAAUAGCCCCGACCUUAAACGAAGCUUUUGUACUGCAGAAUACAUCUGGCUAUGUGAUUUUUUUUUUUAAGCAAGAUUUGUUUUAGUAUAAAUAAGUGGAUUAUUUCAAUGCAGGCAAAAUUGUGAAGUUCUGUUGGGAAAGAUAGCAUGCUUUUCAUGUGCGAGUACCUGUCAGUAAUAAGCCUUUUUUUGGUUUUUUUGUUUGUUUGUUUUGUUUUUUUUAAUUUAAAUGUUUGUAGCUGCUAUGUGGACUGUUGUUUUCUAGUGUGGUCUGUAGCCCAAUGACUGGGGAACGAGUUACAGACAAACAUCACCGUAAAUGACUCACAACAUUAUAAACAGUUGUGAGAAAAUAUUUCACAUUAUCAAAGCUGUACAAUAAAAAGGUAAUGUUUGUAUAA